GGCAGAUCCCAGUCUGAUCCACCUGUAGCAGCCUGUAGGAGGCACGCGCUCAAGACACCGUUAUAUCCACCGUUACUUUGUUACAGGAGUUCAUCACUACUGCUGCUGCUGCUGCUGCUCAGUCUUCAGACAUGUUUCUGUCUCUUCUCCUUCUCCUUCUCCUGACAUCUGUCGCCAAAGGAAUGACAGAGGAUAUCACCACCAAUGAGACAUCUACCACACCUGGAACCACUUUUGUGGCCAGUACACCAAGCUCAAAUUCAAGCGACAACCAGUCAACACCACCACCAUACACUUCUCCAUCAACUACAUACAGUGUUACAUCACUGUCCAAUACAAGCACAGAUACAGGCUCCACCAACCCCACUGCGACUAUCACACCAGCUGCAGAUCACACACAGAGCAACAAUCACACUGCAACUACAAGUUCACAAGGCACACACACCAGCAACAACACCACUACGAUUACCACAACAGGUAAUGGCACAACUACGAGUGCACCUAUCACCCACACAAGCAACGACACACCAAUGACUACACCAAUUACUCACACAAGCAAUGACACAACUAUGACUACACCAAUUACUCACACUACCAACGACACAACAAUGACUACACCAAUUACUCACACAAGCAAUGACACAACUAUGACUACACCAAUUACUCACACAAGCAAUGACACAACCAUGACUCCACCAAUUACUCACACAAGCAACAACGUAACUAUGACUACACCAAUUACUGACACAAGCAACGACACAACUAUGACUACACCAAUUACCCACACAAGCAAUGACACAACCAUGACUCCACCAAUUACUCACACAAGCAACAACGUAACUAUGACUACACCAAUUACUGACACAAGCAAUGACACAACCAUGACUCCACCAAUUACUCACACAAGCAACAACGUAACUAUGACUACACCAAUUACUGACACAAGCAACGACACAACUAUGACUACACCAAUUACUCACACUACCAACAACACAACAAUGACUACACAAAUUACUCACACAAGCAAUGACACAACUAUGACUACACCAAUUACUCACACUUACAAUGACACAACAAUGACUACACCAAUUACUCACACAAGCAAUGACACAACUAUGACUACACCAAUUACUCACACUAACAACGACACAACAAUGACUACACCAAUUACUCCAACAAGCAACGACACAACCAUGACUACACCAAUUACUCACACAAGCAAUGACACAACUAUGACUACACCAAUUACUCCAACAAGCAACGACACAACCAUGACUACACCAAUUACUCACACUAACAACGACACAACAAUGACUACACCAAUUACUCCAACAAGCAACGACACAACCAUGACUACACCAAUUACUCACACAAGCAAUGACACAACUAUGACUACACCAAUUACUCACACAAGCAAUGACACAACCAUGACUACACCAAUUACUCACACAAGCAACAAUGUAACUAUGACUACACCAAUUACUAACACAAGCAACAAUGUAACUAUGACUACACCAAUUACUGACACAAACAACACAGCCAUGACAACCCCAAUUAUUCCCUCGACACAACCAAACAUCACAGCAGGUCCAACACAAGCAACCACACAAACCAGCAACAGCACGACACAACAAAGCACAGUUACACCAGGAAGCUCGACAAACUCAACUCAGACCUCCCCUGAGACUCCUGCACCCAAUAGCACCACCUCGUCCUCCACCAUCAGCACCAACACAACACUAACAACUGGAACCCCACCCUCUACUUCCAACUCCACCUCCAGCACUGUCCCUCCAACCACCUCCCCAGGCAAUAGCACCGAACCCCCAAGUGGAAAUACCACCACCCCUAGUCCCUCAACAACAACCCCAGGAGGCAAUAUCACAGAAGUCACUCCUUCUACUACGCCAGUUAAUGGCAACACAACUGCUGCCACUGUCACCAGCAUGCAGCCAACACCGACCUCCACUGGCUCAACCACCACAGCUGCUCCACCCACCGCCACUACACAAAGUCCAGUCAUUGUGUGCCCUUCCAUGCCAUGUCCACCUGAAAGUGUGUGUUUAAAUAGCACUUGUCAGUGUCUCUCUGGCAGUUUCCUGCAGAAUGGCCGAUGCGUACCUGCCCAAGUUUUUCCAGGUCAGCUCCACUUCUUGUCCUUGGACUUUAAGCCUGAAAUGAGUGACAGGUCCUCUGCAAUUUUCCAGUCAACAGCAGCCAGCAUCUCAGCGGCGCUCAGAGAUGCCCUCAAAAAUGAAAUAGGGUAUAAACGAUCUGAUGUCGUGCAUCUCCAACCAGGAAGUGUGCUCGCGUCGGUGAAUAACAUCUUUCAAAACACCGACGCUACUCAAGAGUCUGUCCAUCAGGCCAUUACAGAGGCUAUAGCUGACCCAGGGAAUGGAUUUUUGACAGAUGUUACGUUCACAGAUAUAAACGUGUGUGCGCAGGUGCCACUACCCUGUGAUGCUGCGACUACAGUGUGCUCAAACACGGCUGGCCAACCUGUAUGUUCCUGCAAAGAAGGCUUCGUCAGCAGCGUGUACUCAAACAACAGCUGCAAAGCUUGUCCAAGUGGGCAGAAGGCAGUGGGAAACACGUGUCAACUAUGUUCAUUUGGAUACUCCGGCUUCAACUGCAAUGACUCUUCUCUGCUGGCCGUGGUGGUCAUCUCCUGUGUCCUCGGAGGAGUUCUACUCAUCACCAUCCUGGCUUUGCUCAUAUACUGCUGCUGUAAGAGAUGCUCAAACACCAAGCCAGACUACAACACCAGCCCAUACGCACCAGAUCAUGUAAACCAGUCCUGGCCUGUAGGCAUCACCCCCAUCCCUCGUGCCACCACUAACUUGGAAGCAGCUAAUGCCAUGGAGAUGACAGAGGGGGGCAGCACUCGGGCAUUGGUGGACAAAAAGCAUCGGUCCAAUGGUUUGGGAUUUCAGCUGAAGGGGAAAGUAUGGAAAAAGUCAGGAUCAUAUGACAUCAACCCAGGUGGAAUGAACACGUUCAAAGGUAAAAAUCCUUCUCGUUACUCGUACCUGGUUGAAGGCCGUGAGAAUCCAUACUUCUUACCAGGAGAUGAGAGGAAAAACUGAACAUCUGAUCAGCUGUGGACAGCGAGCAUAAGAAACUCUUGAUCAAGAGAAAAGACACUGAUUUCAGACCGUGGGACAUUUCUCAUGCAGGACCAGAUUAUUUAUAUUAUAUUAUAUUUUUGAACUUGCUUGGUUUAAAGAGAAAUCACAGCAAACUUGGAAAACUAACAGCCACCAAAGUGAUUUAAUCAUGAAGAAUUACAAUGGAACAUGUUUUUUAAAAGGUAGGAUUUUAUACCAUGUAUGUUCUUGUUGGUUAUAACCAGUAGAUGUAGCUGUUGCUCAAUAUAAAAGAUAAUGAAUCUGUUUUUUGUUUUGUUUUUUUUCAAAUGAAUUAUUCAGUAGUCUUUUCUUUCUUUUGUCAUCAUUGUAAUUGCACUAAGUGUGUGUUAAGUUUACCACCAGGUUUAAUCUGAAAUCAACAGGGAAUUGAAAGUGGCUUUUUCUGGGGAUAGUAGAUAUUUUAUUUUAACCGAAGG